AUGGCGGUGGAAGGAGGCGCAUUGAAGGGGUGUGGCAAUGCGAAGAAGGCCCACGCGUUCACAGAACACACCACCAUUACGCUCCCUUGGCGCAAAUGCGCUGUCCACUCGGAGCACUGUGGCGGGCACAGUGCAGCACCAAUUCUCACCGCAGCUCUAUUUCGAGGUACACCCACUCAGCCUCUGCCACCAUGCGCCCCGCAGGCAACCACGGACCUCCUGCGCGUAUUGCACCUAAAUGUCAAGGUGAUCUAUGGUGAUGCGGACAACACCGUCGUCUGCGACAUCUUGCUCUCGUGCAUGCUCUUUGACACUGUGGUGGGCCUGCUCUUACCUGCGAUGGUUGUGUACUCACAGCGCCUCUUUGCCGGUGAUGCAUCUGCACAUGUCCUGGCCUUUCGCUUAUGGAGUUUGUUGAUCCGGAUGAUGGUUGAGAGCAAGGAGCGAGAAUAA